AUGGCCCAAUUAACAGUCAAACUGGCCUUCUCAACCUUGCUAGGCAUUCUGGGUUGGCACGGUGUAUUUUUGCUGUUUCUAAUAAUCGCACUCAAGCUUUUCCUUUGGGAGCCUUAUCAGGAACACAACAGUUCAUGCCCUUGUACCUGGAAUGUGGCUUAUGGUACCAUUAUGUUCCUAUUUCCUUCUCUAACCUCCUACACAAUCGCAGUCUUUGCUUACUUUCGACAAGAUAGUAACAGCGCUCCUUGGAAGGUUUUGAAGAAAUUCUACGUUAUCAAAUACUCCUGUCCUUAUUAUGAUGAGCGAACUGAGUGGGAUUUUCACGCUGAUCACUGCAUUAAAUGCCGACAGCUGAGGCGCGAUUGGUCUUUGGUGAAGAUCGCUGUGUCAGCAGUUUUUUCUCUUCUCUAUCCAUUGGUCUGGCUUUCACUAAGCUUUCUUCAAACAGCUUACUACGUUUGCGCUCAUGUUGGUCCACCGGGCGACAUCCUACAAAAUGUUUGCGAUGUGACCAUCCUAAAGCCAGACGACUAUAGGAUGGCCUACGGUUUGGCGGCGAUUCGUUCGAAGACCAUUGGUAGCAUUCUCUUUGUGUGCACACUAUUUUUUGUAGGGGUUUUCGUGAUACUCUAUGGUGAAAUGAAAAGUUAUUUGUCCAAAAAGUUUGACUGGGAUCCAAGUGGAAAAGGUGCAUCGAACAAUCUACAAGUUCAGGUUUCCAUUCAACCAGGCCGUACAUCCGGGUCUGCUGAAACGGCUAGUCUCCAUAGCAACAGGGAUACACCUGUUGCAAUGGACUCCGCAGCUGCAGAGAACGGAAGGCUGGUACGUAUAUCACGUGGAUUUAAAUUGAUUACUAGGAGCAGAAAUAAAAUAUUACGACGAGUAAUACCUUUCCAAGGAAGGAUUAUUCUCUCUUGGUCGUCCACUUUUAUGAAGUGGAAAAAUGUUCCUACAUGCCAUAGUUUUGUCGAUAUUGCGAAAAUGUACAAAAUAUACAACCAAGCAAACAAAUUAGCACCUAAAUUGAAUAGCUUAAAAAUUACUAACACUAUUUCUCAUUGUCAUUUUAGUCUCCGCCAGCAGUGAACUGCGGCAACCGAGCGAUAACUAUCAAUUUGAGCAAUGUGUUUGCUGAAACACUUCAAGGCUGUCUUCAAGACGGUGCAUGGCAAGGAAUCGACAUAUGCUGUACGCAACAGGAAGAGAGCGGAAGCCGACAUGGAUCUUACACACCGUUCCGCCAGCUUCCUCGCUCUGCACGGAUACAGCAGCAACAAGCGGGACAACCUGGUUAUGAAUCAUUACCCUCUGUGACGUAG